AUGGGCAUAGCUGAAGCUAGUAAGAGGGGAAAUCUGGGGCGUUUGCUGGAAUCGAUCCUCUUCCGAACCAUACAUUAUUCAUUUACUUUCCUCUUCCGCCACGCGCGAGAGUGGAUUUCGACGCCGCACGCGCCGGAAUUCCCUUCUUUGCAACUUCACUUACUGGGUGCAAUCCGAUAUCGUCCAGAGCAUUACUUGCACGACUAUCUCCGACGCGACGUCGCGAUGCCGCCCAAGGACAAAGCUGCGGCGGAAGCAUCGUCUUCCCGAGAGAUCACAGGCCAGAGCGCACUUCCAAACGACGAUAUCGUACAAUGUUCGAGCAACGCUACGUUUGUGAUCGCCAUGGCCACGGAGCUAUUCAUUCAAUACCUUACCGAACAAGGACACAACGUUGUUAAAUCCGAACGAAAGCCGCGCAAGCUUAUCCAAUACAAGGACCUGGCUACGGCCGUAUCACGCAUCGACAACCUCGAAUUUCUUUCCGACGUGAUCCCCAAAACCACGACCUAUAAGCAGUUCAAGGAGAAACGGGCGAAGGAGAAGGAACCCGGACCCGAGAAGGGACAGCGCACAUUAAACGGCAAUUUACCUGCAGCUGUCGAAGAUAAAGAGGAACUUGAGGAACAACAAAGUCUACAGCCAGUAGAUGACAAACCUUCGAGGGGGUCUCGACCGCCAACGGUGACAAUGAUGGUGGAUCGAACGGUUGAUACAUCUGCUGGAGAUCAGGAUGUUGAGAUGACGGACCAGUGA